AUGUUUUCUCAGUUCUCAAGACGUGUCGCUCACAGGGGUUUGUCCACGGCGUCCAAGGUCAGUGGUAACAGCGCCAAGUUGGGUAGAAAAAUUUUAAUCGGUAGUUCGAUUACACGGUGGUUGCGAUUACAUCUUUUCCCUAUUAACUGGUUAUCCCGAAGAGCCUCCAGCGGGUAUUGUUUUACCACCAGGCGCCAACUAUAA